AUGUCUCAAAGUGACGAUCCACCAUGCCUGGAAGAAGGUAUGGAGAUCAGUGGCAAGUUCAAUGGAGCAUUCUGUGAAGCCGUCAUUCGGAGAGUCGAUAAGAGGAUCAAAAUGAAGGUGAAACUGGAAGAAGAACCGUUUGGAACUCGAUUCCUUCUGGAUACUGAAAUUCCCGAGGAUUCUGUGAUUGUCCUGGGUGGUACGAUUUAUCCAAUGAUUGAUGAUAAGGAAGUACGUGGAACGAUCAUCCAUAUCAAAGAUCUCAGUCAAUAUCAUGUUGUUUUCAACGAUGGCGACCAGAAGAAGCUUCGUCGUACCCAAGUCGUUCGUCAGGGUGCCAAGCACUUUGCCCAGGGCCACUCGCUCGACGCUCUGCCUCUCACCAACCCGGAGCACUUUUCAGCGCCCGUAAAAGCACCGAAACGGCCGUCUGGAGGAGCGCAGAAGACGCCAAGGGACCCAUCCCAACCAUCCACCAGCCAAGCUGCUGAGGAAGAGUCUUCUGACGACGAGGAAAUGCCAUCGACGAGUCUGGAAGCUGUGAGAAUGCCUUCAGAAAAUGAGGAACCUGAAGAGGCUCCAAAAGAAGAAAGCAAAGAGGAAAGAAAGCAGCGGAGAAAAGAGGAAAGGAAGGCAAAGGAGCAGAGAGAACGGGAACAGAGGGCUCGAGAGAGGAUGAUAAGGAAGAGGAAGCUUCUGAAGAAGCAAGCGAUUCAGGAGUGCAAGGAUAGGAGGAAGGAUUCGAUUGGCAAGAUUUUGAUGAGACAUUCGAGGCGAUUCACAAUGCGAACUCAUAAAAAACGAUGGCGGAGACGUUAUAAACGGUUAAUUCGUCUCGAGAAGUGGCGGAUACGCAAUCUGAGGCUCCACGCGUUGUACCGUGAUUUUACCAAGCGGAUCGGCGCCAGUAAGAGCUGUCGAUUCAAGAGGCAGUGGUGGAAAAUGUCGCCACAAUACAGACGAAGCUGUCACCGCGCGGCAAAGAUGCUACAGGAUAAGCAUAGGGUUAAAGAAGUUCGAUUUUAUAUGAAAGGAUUGGAAAAGGUGAAGAUGCGGCUUCAUUUUGUGCUGGUACAUGCGGAUCGAAAUAUUGGACGAAAGUUUUUGGAGUUGAUACAUAAACGGAAUCCAGAGGUUAAGUCAACGCUGGCCGAACGACGAGAACUUGAAUUCGAAGGAAUGGCAUCCAUCAUGCACCGACACUUCACGAACGUCGUCUGGUGGCCAGCGGUUAUGUUUCCAGACCCUGUCGUCGAUCCGGAAACCGGCGUUGUUAAGCGUAAGCUGAGAAAUAUCGUUACUGGAGAGGGCUACGAAAUGGAGGAGCGAGAGCUAGUUCCAUUGGAGUGGAUACCGACGAUCAUGCCUGAGGACGCGGGAGGGAUACUGGCGAAUGUGGAACAGGAUAUUAGGGAGAAGUUCAAGAAAGCGUGGAGGUUCGCAAAACAAUUCACUUACCAUGAAUUGGACUUCUCGACGAUCCGGAUCAUGCUCAGCCUUCAACGAGCCCGUCACUUCCACCCCCACAUUCCCGGACGGUACGCUGCACUCAAUGCCAAACUAUCACCACUGAAACCUGAUCCACCACAACCGUCAACAUCCAAGCAGCAACCACCAGAACCCGAAGAAUACGAAUCUGACGACGCCAUCAGAAACGCGACAACCGAGGAGAAGGAUCGAUUUUUGGCUCUACUCAUGCAAUCCCACGAUUCCAACAAUACCAUUUUGCCAGCAGAGCCCAAGAUUCAGGGUUACGAUGUGGAUCUAUUCUAUCUCUACAUGCUUGCAGCGCAAGUCGGACCACCUAAAAAGGUCUAUGCUGCGAAACCAUGGGAGGAGUGGUCUCGGAAACUAGUUCCGCGAGCGAUUGAUGCUGGAGAUGAGCUAGAAGCGCUCUUUCGAGAAUGUCUAGAGAGGUUUCAUAGCGUCAGAUCGAAACUGCAUCUACCACUAUUGGAUUCGUUAGUGACCAAUGAGCGAAAGACAUUCACCCCUGGACAGUAUUCUGAGAGUCGGAAGAAACGACAAACCGCAUUGGGAAUUCCGGAUUCAUCGACGAGAGGGACGCCGUCGACAAGAGGUGGAAGAGGUGGAGGUCGUGGAGGAAGGAAACGAAGGACGUCCUUAGACAGUAUCAGUGAGAAGAAGAAAGGGAAACAAGGAGAGGAUAGCUCACGAGCCACGACAAGCUCACCAGGACCAUCGGAAGUAUCAGCUGGACCUGAUGUGAUGGACGAUCAGGACGAUUCGUCUAUUGCGACUUCUGAUGAUCGCUCAUUUAAAAAGAAAAAGUCACAAACUCCAAAAACUGCCGUAAAUCGACGAGGUGUAGGAGGUGGAGAUGAGGUGGUGGUGGUGAAGAAAGGAAGGCCUCGGAAGUAUCCAUUGGAACCUCCUCGAUUACCAGCACGGGCGGGAAGAAUGCCACAGAAACAACGACCGGCAGAUGCGACGGAUCCCAACUUUUGCAGAGCCAAUAUCCUGACAGAUUUCAAAUUCGGCCAGAAACUGCUUCUCUCACACACGAUGGGUUGGUUCAAUGGCUCUGUCAAAGUGCCUCUUCCAGACAACUCAGAGGAAGUUCUAAACCAUAUGCUGACACUUCAAAGUUCACUAAACACCAUAAACGAGCAAAGUGUGAAGGAGGCCGUCUAUCGGGAUCUUCACAAUAUGUUCAAGGAUUUGGAUCUCCAAACGCAUUACACUGGAUGGAACGCACGUCACGAUGAAAAAAUGAAACUUCAAAAGAUCAAGGUUCUUCUAGAAGAUCAAUCUAUGUCUCGAAAGAGGUUUUGGAAGUUGCCACGAGGUUCGGAGCUCCUACCGUCUACCAUGGCAAUCGUUGAGAAGAGAUUCUGUAUGGAGAUGGAUACACAUGAGAAGCCGAAUUAUCAACGACUAGCUAUGGAAGCGUACAACGCUCGAGAUGAUGACGUGGCUGUUGAGGAGCAAGAUAGCGAUGAUGACGAUGAGGGAAGUAGGAGAAGACGUCGUUCGUCUAGUAGCUCAACAGAUUCUAGUAAUGGGUCACCUCCUCCUUCGAACGGGCGUCGUCGUGUCGAACUUGAAUCUUCGGAAGACGAGGAGGAGAAGCCGAUAAUCGAGGCUCGUCGCAGAACCAGUUCUCCAGACGAGAAUUCUCCGGAAAUCGGCGAGAAAUCGACGACGCCUUCAUCUCCAGAAUCUGGCAUUUCUGAUGUGAGAAAAUCGAGAUCAGGAUCCGAAGAGAUUGGUGUCAGAUCUUCAAAAACGCCAGAGAGGCCAGAAGAGGAGAAAACCGAAGCCAAAAAAGAGGAAGAAGAUGAAGACGUGACUUCUGAAGAGACGGAGACAGAUGCGGAGCCAGAAGCUGCGAAACCCAUCACGCCCGAUUCGGAUUACGACGUUCCAGAGUAUCCACCAACGCCACAGUUCGCGGAUAUGGAGAAUAACAGUAUUCCACCAGUACUACAGAAUCAUGCAGUCUCAUUGGCAAGCAGUGAAGGAAGUUCUACUCACCCAAUUCUGAGCCCUCCUCACACCAGUUCCGCUCCGAUGCCUGCAUUCCCACCAGCCGACAACAUCGAACAUUCUGGACCCCUCACCCUUGCCGAAGUUCCACAAUCCGGUCCACUCGAGACUGAUGAGGUCAGAAGACGAAGCAACACCAACACGUCAAUCGAACGUCCGACUAAGCGUCAACGUCGAGCCAGCGAGAGAUCGGGACCCGAAGACGCAGCGUUGGCAGCGAAGCGAAGCACAUUCACAUCGCAAUUCUCAUCUGGAGCGUUGACAUUGGAUAUGGUGUCUCAGGAACCAUCCGGGCCAAUUGUGCCGAUGACAGUGUCCAAGGGAGCUGGAAGAAGGAGAACUGCAUCUCCACCAAUCACUAGAACAGGGCCACUCACAGCUUCAGGACCUCUGACACUAGCUUCACCAACUCCGGUUUUGGUCUCCAACGCUGUCACGCCGAAGCAACUUGGAAGACCUAGAAAGACGGCUACACCAGCACCUCCAGCUACCACAUCGCCUUCCAAGCAGGUCGUGCCAGAAGAUGCCCAGAGAAACGAACCAGAACCAGAUGAGGCUGAACAAGCCGGUCCAUCCACGUCGCAGGAGCCGACAUCAAGUCUUCCACCCCAAGAGAAGAAGAUCAAAUCUCCAGAAGCCCAAGAGGAGGAGGACGAGGAAGCGGUUUCUCGGGAGCGAAGAGAGCAGAACGCGUCGCCAAGAGGAAGAGGAGGAGGAGUCAAAAGGAAACGAGGUGGUCGUGGCGGAUUUGCGCCAGGGAGACAAGCGAAACCCACGGUUGCCAAGAAGACGUCACCAGAUGACGAAAUGGACGAGGCGCGGUCUGCAGCGGCGACACCGCAGACAUCAGCUACACCGACGCAUCAUAAUAUACGUGGCGAUGGAUUCAUUGCUCAGAAGAAUCGAAUGGCAGCGGAGAUGGAGGCGGACGGUUCGAGUCACAACUAUCAUGAGCUGGAACUGGAUGACAUUGAGAUGCUGUUGGCCAAAUCACCCAAAGAUGAGAAUCUGAUAUUGGAGGAGAAGACGGCCGAGUUGAGAGAGAUCUUCCAACAGGUCAAGUCGGAUCUAUCGCAACUCGAAAAGCACCACAAACGAUCGAUUGAAUUGGCGAAGAAACGCGCUGCCAAAGAACGAGAAGAAGCAGAAGCCCUGUCCGAAUCGUCGUCCGCUGAAGCUGCUGCCGAAGAAGCUUAA